AUGAACACUACUGAAAUGCACUUGGCACUCAGAGACGCUAACUCUUACACCUCCUGCAAAUCCUUUGAUCUCUUUCGCUCUCCCUCUCGCUGGUCUCUUUUUGGCUCUCGCUCUCUCACUGGUCUCUUUUUGGCUCGCUUUUGGUCUCUCUCUCUCUCUCUCUACCUUUUGGUCUCUCUCUCUCUCUCUCUCUCUCUCUACCUUUUGGUCUCUCUCUCUCUCUCUCUACCUUUUGGUCUCUCUCUCUCUCUCUCUACCUUUUGGUCUCUCUCUCUCUCUCUCUCUACCUUUUGGUCUCUCUCUCUCUCUACCUUUUGGUCUCUCUCUCUCUCUCUCUCUCUCCUUUUGGUCUCUCUCUCUCUCUACCUUUUGGUCUCUCUCUCUCUCUCUCUACCUUUUGGUCUCUCUCUCUCUCUCUCUCUUUUGGUCUCUCCUUUUGGUCUCUCUCUCUCUACCUUUUGGUCUCUCUCUCUCUCUCUCUACCUUUUGGUCUCUUUGUCCCAAAAUAUUGAGUCCAUUUGUGUCUCACCCCCCAAUCCCCCCCAAAAAAAACAUCCCACUCUCCAUGACUGGUGUAGCUAA